AGGCGUGCGCCGCGAGCUUCGCGCGAAUCGAAGAAGGGCCCGUUCGUAUGCGACAUGUGCGAUCCCAGCGAUCCCAAGAGCUUCACGCGCCUGUCCGACCUCAAGCGGCACCAGGCAGCACACCGCAAGGAGCGAGUAAUGUGCGUAUGUGAGAAGUCGUUCUCUCGCAAAGAUGCCAUGCAACGGCACGUU